AUGCGGUCUACCAUUCCCCUGCUCAGCCUCGCCAGCGUCGGCCUGAACAUCCUCUCUGUCCAGUCCGCAGCAUUUCCUAACGCUGAUCUGGCUCGCCGCGCCGAUGAGCCAGUCGCCCAUGUCUAUCUCCCUAACUUGAACUUGAAGCGCGAGGCAUUCGAAGACGGUCUUACUCCUCCGGACCAGAAGAGGGGUCUUACUCCUCCUGACCAGAAGUAG